AUGACCCCAAGACGGAAAGCACGCGAUUUAUCCAGCUCCAAUGAGUUUGCCAUAUACCGAGAUCUUGAGGAUGCAAUCUGCCUCCUGGCCUCGAUUAUAGACAGACAGCCAGAUCUAGGUCUAGCUCUGGACUUGGAACUUGACCAUGAUGUCGAAAAGACUCAAGACUCUCAUGACGGAAUCGAGGAAGUAGAUGACCUGUCAAUUCUCGAUGCAGAAAAGGAUGAGGCGCAAUCUCUCACUGAAUUACAGAACAAGUUCCUGGAUCGCCUUGCAGAGGCUCUUGCUAGAUUCAAGACGAAUCCCAAGAACCGGUCAUCUCCCGAUGCAAAGCACGUCUCUAGUACUUUGAUGGUCGUAUACAAACAUCAGCAGCGGGUAAAAAUCAUGUGUUCCAAAAAUGAAGGGCUUGACGAGGAGGAUCGCACGUUCCUGGUUCGGAAUCGUUCACUGAAUCAAGCAGGAACUGCCUCGCAACAUCUCAAGGAUUCAAUGUUUGAUCUGGUAUUCAACCACCAGCGACCCCGCAUUUCGACUUAUCUGGAGAAGCUGAGGCGUACAUUUCAGUGCCCACGAUUAGCAAACCGCCAAACAAAUCAACCCCAGCGGGCUCUUACUGAGUCACUGGUCAAAAAGCUGCCGUGGUUGAAUACGAAGGUGUGGAUUGACGACAAAGGUUUCGAAUACGAAAUUCCAUCAGAGCAGCACCCAGCUUGUGAAGGCGAAGAGAUUUCGGAAGCGGUAUUGACUGGUCAAAGUUUCAAGGACGUUGAUGUUGGCAUUUUCGAAUACUUUCAAACAAUCGAGAAGCUCUGUGUAGAAGAAAUACCAGAGGCUCAGGACUGUCUGCUCAAAAACCUGAUGCGUAUGACUCUGGAACUUUGGAAGGGUGCAAGAACUCGGGCAGCUGUGAAGUCUCAUCUGCGUCGCUACUGUGGCGAAGACCCAACACGACAGAAAGAGGCGGAGAAGAUCCUUUGUUUCACGGCCAAAAUUUACCAAAUCGUCCGAACCUUUAUCGAAGCUGCGGAGAGGCUACCAAUGUUCAAGUCCAUCGAGUUGGUCGAAGUUUCUCCUCGCCAAUCUGCCCCGAAGAAUGCAACUACCAGGCCGUCGACAGCCUUGGAAGCAUGCAAACGCUUGGGAAUCAGCGUCAAUAACGUCAAUGGGAUCGAUUACCUGAGUCAGCUGUCGAAGAAAUUUGGCGUUAUGGUCAAGGAAAGGCGCAACAAACACCACUUUCAUGCAGAGAUCCAGAUGCUCUGUAGUCGCGAUGCCCUACUAUCUUGCGACGAAAGGAAGCAAACACAUCCCUAUAUUGGAUGCAGUAGGCGUUGCUGUAUGCUUUGCUACGCUUUUCUUCGGUUCUAUGGGGGGUUCAAAAUGAGAGGCACGCACGAAACAGUCAUGCACAGAUGGGAAAUACCGCUAAGCGCCUCAAUUCAGGAAGACUUUGCGACGGAUUAUCGACUCGCGAAAAUACGCACUGUGGAUUUUCUGAAACACAUCAUCCGUGACUUGAUCACAAUGCCACAUCCUGCAAGUAGGCAGCAGCUGUUGGCUCAAUCUUCAUGUGCACUGUCUUCGGCACAGGUUAUGGUGGAAAAGGAGGUUGAGACACUAGAGCACCCAAUUCGAGAGAGAGAGAACAUGAUGAUGAUGCCUGGGGUCGUCGACGACGGAAUUAUGGUCUUAAGAAUGCCCGACAAGCCGGAGUACGCAUUCAUUCUUGGAGGCGGAGAACAUAGCGGGAAAGAAAUGUUAUUAUCUGAAGCUGAACUAUUGAAAGAUGAUUACAUCCGCUCGAAGCUUGGGUUCGAAAAACAAAAUGAAAUGCCUCCGAUAGGUACCCCCCACCCUCGAAAAUGCCGACUUCAGGUUUUUCCGCUUCAACGUGAAGACGAGACGUGGCGCAACUUGUCUUAUGGGGAGAAGAGGAUGCUGAAUCUAUAUGGCAAGCUCCUCCGAGGCUUUAAUAAUAGACCUGAUUCCCUGUCGGCUGAGGAGCUCGAAUUCGGCUUCGUCCGCUGUGCGACCGAUUCUCAGAGAGAGGCCCUCGCAGCGGCGUAUAUUAAACUUGCAAAGAUUGGAAUUCCACUGGAACAAAUCGCCCAUGCGUGGAUGGAAUCAUCUCUAGGGCCUCUGAUGCAGAGCAAAGGGAUUGAUAUCACACCAUUUUUGGCCAGCCUCAAAAAACCCUCGUUGGACGAAUUUGGCAUCUAUCGUCUCAUGGCCGAGGUAAAGCAUGCGCUCUCCGGCCAUUACUGCCGCUGCUUUAUACGAGCAUGCCAACACCACUCAAAGCACGAAACUCAUUUAAGUAAAGAAUCAGAAGGCGACUAUGGGUUCCAUGGCGUAAAUCCCUGGGAGCGCUGGCGGCUCUUGAACUUCUACUCCGAUGUAUUCGCACAUCCGAAUUUCGACGCCCAAAAGAUGCAGGAUGCUCGUCGAAAUGACGACGCGGGGGCACUGGAAACAUAUCUGGACACGCUGGUGCCAAACUGUCGCAACAAAAUUAGAAACGUCUAUCUAGCUGAUGGCUUCUUUCCCAAGUUCAGAGCCAAGUUGAUAUUUCGUGAUGGGCCGCGGCCCCCAUGUUUGGAUUGGACGAGCUCACGCUGUUUCGGAUUUCUGAUCUGCGAGAUAUGGCUCAAGGUGAUGGGGUUGUGGAAAAUCCAUCUUGUUAGCCGUUACUUACCAUGGCCAGCUGCCAUGGGUUCGGUGGCAUCUGGCGAAAGGUUACCCAUGCACUCUCGACAGCUGGCCAGGCACCUGACGCGUGAACGCGUUAUCGAUUUAUUUGUUUCAAUAUUCAAGUCUUCUUGUUUUCUUUUUUCUUCUUCUCCAAGCUUCUCUCUCGUUCAAAACCGGCAAGCUCUUCAAGCUCGUGAGGUUCUUCAACGUCGUCAAGCUCCUGUCAAGCUCUUCAAGUUCUCGUCAAGUUCUCGUCAAGUUUCUCGUCAAGUUCUCGUCAAGUUUCUCGUCAAGUUUCUCGUCAAGCUCUACGUUAAGCUCUACGUCAAGCUCUACGUCAAGUUUCUCGUCAAGUUUCUCGCCAAGUUUUUCGUCAAGUUCUGCGUCAAGUUCUGCGUCAAGCUCUACGUCAAGCUCUACGUCAAGCUCUACGUCAAGCUCUACGUUGUCAAACCCCUCAUCGUCGUCAACUAUGCCGCGGAGGCCUACCGCGACCAUCACCCGCUCGUCGUAUCGUCGUUGAUAGCAGCAUCUACCACAACCGCAGUCAUCCCAGCGACGAUCUCCCCAGCUGCUUUUUUUCUCCCAGCACCAGUUGCGUCACCGUCAACCGUCUCUUCCGCUUCGUCGUUGCCAGCAGCUGCUCAAGAUAUGACUAUUCUUCAGCUGCGUGCUAUCAUUGCGGGCGUUGAGAGGCGCCUUAAUGGAAGGUUAGAUAAUUUGGAGACAAGGCUGGACAAUAGUGAUGAGAAAGUCGACCAAUGCGCCAAUGAUAUUGACACUAAAGUUGCGGUCCCGUUGAACAACGUUGUCAACCUUCUGGCUCUAAUGAUGGACAGAGAUGGCAUGGCCCCUGUGGACAGCCUGUCUGGUAUUGAGUGA